AUGAAAGUGGAGGAAAACAGCCAGCAGAAGCUGUGUCUACAGUCCCAUUUCAGUCAGUCCAACCUAGUACCUACUAGUAAAACGGAGUCCGAAAACGUUGAAAACAUCAACGAUGCGGUAUCCUCAUCUAGUUUGUAUCCUCGCCCUAGGAAACUGUCGGAGAAAGAAAAGCGAUACUAUAAUAAACAAUGGGAGCAGAAAUAUAAUUGGCUUGCAUAUAGUGAAGAAAAUGGAGGAGCAUUUUGUAAUCUAUGUCAAAAUUUUAUGAAAAAUGAUGCAAAGGUUCUACAAAAGACAGGCGGCGUCUUCAUAACGGUUCCCUUCACAUCAUUCAAAAAAGCCUUGGGGAAAAAGGGGAAAUUGGAGAAGCAUGAACAUUCUUCAGCUCAUACAGUAAGUGUACAAAUGGAAAAUCUCAGGAGACAGGCAAUGAAAAAACCAAUCCACGCUCAAAUCAUUCAACAGAGUGAAAGUGAAACGGACUUAAACAGGAAAAGCUUAAAGACACUUUUGCGAGGUGUGUAUUUUUUGGUAAAAGAAGAAGUAGCCCACACCACUAAAUAUGAAAGUUUGAUUGAGAGUAUUCUUGACAAAGUGAAUGAUGAUUUUAGAACAUGGAGAAAAGCUCAGAGUUCAAGGUCAAAUUAUAGCAGCAAGGACACUGCGUGUGAACUACUGGAGUGUAUGGGCGAAGUCUUGAGGAAUGAUUUAAAGAAAUCAUUGCAACACAAAAAGUUUGCUAUUUUGGCGGAUGAAAGUACUUCUUUGAGAAAUGAAAUGGAGCUGACUAUAAUGUUUAGAGUUGUGGAAGAUAAAGUCCCUGUGGAAAAAUUUCUGACAAUAGUCAAAAUUCCUAAUGGUUUAGCAGAAACCAUUGCAGAUGCUAUCGAUAAGGAGAUUACCGCCCUUGGUCUAUCAUACGAUGAUCUUAUUGCCGUUGGAUUUGAUGGUGCUUCCAAUAUGGCUGGGAACAUUGGAGGUGUGAGAAGGAAGCUCUCGGAAAAGGCGAAAAGAGAUAUUCUUUAUAUACACUGCAAAGCACACAUUUUGUCCUUGGCAGCAGCUUCCUGCAGGAAUAAAAACCAAAAAGUCAAAAGGUUUUUUCAUGUCUUAAAAGACAUAUACAAGCUGUUCAGCAAGUCGCCCAAGAAGGAGCAUGUUUUGCAUGAAAUUCAAGCAAUGAUAAACGAUCCAGUUCUUAAGAUUCCAGAAUGUAUUGAAGUGAGGUGGUUGUCACACUACAGAAUAGUGAAUGCUGUAUUCAGAAGCUUGAAGUCUAUUUUACUGGCUUGUGAGCACAUCCACAAGGAAGGAGCAGACUUUGCAUCCCUCGCGGGAGGCAUCCUGUUGGAAAUCAGAGAGGAGAGUUUUUUCAUUACCUGUUAUGUGAUGAAUGAACUCUUAAGUGCACUAUCUUACCUCAGUAAUGCGUUGCAAAGGAAGGACUUGACUUUAUCCAAAGUCAUUCCCUUAAUUUCCACGACAAAAUUUCACUUGCGCGAUAUUGCGAAACAGUGUGGAGAUUCCAAUAGCGACCUACAGAAAUGUAUUAGAGGCAUAAUGCAGAAGUUCGAACCGGAAGUGCACCUUAUUCCUGAUCCAAAUGCAGCCAAAACAUACAGUGGCAUGAAGGAUUAUUGUGAACGCGUAAUUGCGGAAAUGGAAGAAAGAUUUAAUGACAAAUCGAUUGAUGUCAUGACAUUUGCCAGCCAGUUCGAAACAUUUCAGUCAUUAAUUGAUCUGAAGGAAUCUGAAGUAAGGAAGUUUUGCCGCAACUUUCCCAUGAUCGAUGUGGAAGGUGUACUCGCAGAUUUAAAAUCCUAUAAUUUUUAUGUCAAGUCCAUGCUAGAUUGCGGGACAUAUAAAGUAGACGAAAGUCCAAUUCCAACAAUUUUGGAAGUUGACGUAGGAUAUAGCGAGUUACAGAAACUCUGUGAGAUUCUUUUGGUGAUCCCCGUAACAACAGCCUCCGUAGAAAGAUCGUUCAGUACGAUGAAUAGAGUACUUACUAAAUCAAGGAAUAGAAUGCUGCCAGAAACCUUGUUGCAUUGCAUGAUGAUCAGCAUUGAAGGAUCUGAAAUGCCAACGGAAGUUCUUGGAAAACACGGUUGA